AUGCAGAAUUUACUAAAACAGCUGGUGCGAGGAAAAGCAUUGGUCUUCAUUAUCAUCCUUGGGAUUGGUGGAUCCUUUCAAAAUGGCUUUCACGUUACAGUUAUCAGUUCACCAUCACCAUAUAUCCAGAGUUUCAUCAACGCCACGUGGGCAGAACGAUACGGUGAGGCCCCCAGGGCGAACGUGGUGACGUUCGUCUGGUCAGCCGUCGUCUUUGCCUACGCCGUCGGUGGCCUGGCUGGCUCUGUGGUCAUCAGAUGUUUAACAAGUCAGCUCGGAAGAAAGAAGGCCAUGCUCUUCAAUGGAGUGAUCAACAUUGUGGCUUCAGUAAUCAUGUUUUCAAGUAAAGUCGCCAACUCUUUUGAAAUGAUCUUGCUGGCACGAUUCCUGUAUGGAGUCACUGCAGGUUUGGGUUUAAACAUUCAUGCCAUUUACCUUGGAGAAAGUUCCCCAAAGAAACUGAGAGGAAUGGUGACUCUUACAGUCGCUACCUUUGUGUCACUUGGAAAGCUAGCUGGACAGUUUGCUGGUCUGAGGGAAGUUCUUGGCCGUGAGGAGUGCUGGAAUGUUCUCCUCUCUGUCUCGACGGUUUUCGCUGUUGUUCAACUGGUGACCCUGCCCUUCUUUCCUGAAGCCCCAAGAUACUUAUUGAUAGAAAAAGACAACGCGGACCAGUGCAGACAAGCUCUGCAGUGUCUGUGGGGCCCGGGUGACUACAGGCCGGAACUGGAGGAGAUGCGUGCUGAGCAGACAGCUAUAAGAGGAGAACACAGUAAGAGCCUGCUGGAAUUAGUCAGAGACACAAACCUACGUUGGCAGCUCAUCUCCGUGCUGGUCCUCAGCGGAGCCAUCCAAUUCUGCGGCAUCUCCGCGAUCAGUGUCUUCUCCUUCAACAUCUUCCUGGAGGCCGGCAUUCCUGAGGAGAAGAUCCGCUACGUGACCCUGGGCAUCGGGACAUCAGAGGUCCUGACCUCCAUCUCCUGUGGUCUACUCAUUGACAGGGUGGGGAGGAGAGUGUUGUUGUUGGGGGGGUUUGGGGGAAUGUCAGUGAUAAUGGCCUUAAUCACAGUCACUCUAUACUUUAAGGACUACAGUUCGUGGAUUCCAUACAGCAGUUCAUGCCUGAUAUUUCUUUUUGUGGUAUUCUAUGGGGGAGGACCAGCCGCGGUCGCACAACCUCUCUCUCACGAGAUAUUUGUCCAGUCCUACCGACCGGCAGCGUUCGUCUUCAUAGGCUGUUUGCGCUGGGCGGGAUUUGCUGUCCUCGGACUUACCUUCCCCUUUCUUAUAGAUCUGCUCAAGUCUCUGUGCUUUGUCCUCUUCUCCUGUGUGUGUCUGCUGGCUGCGCUUUACAUCUUCUUCAUUCUGCCUGAAACCAAAGCGAAAACGCCUCUGGAGAUAUCGGAGGAGUUUAAGAACAUUCAGCCAUGUAGAUCUUCAACUGUGGAGGACAUGACCAUUGAGACAAAACUGUGA